AUGACGGUUGAUGAUUCGUUUUCAAGAAAAAUAAAGGAUGUUGCAGCUGGCUUCAUUGGUGGCAUGACGCAAGUGCUCAUUGGCCAACCAGCUGACCUUGUUAAGAUCCGUCUUCAGACUUCUCCUACACCUACGACAUCAAGUGAAGUAAUUAAGCUGGUUUUGAAAAAAGAGGGUCCUUUGGCCUUUUAUAAAGGAACCCUCGCGCCACUCUUUGGAGUUGGAGCUUGUGUGUCUUUGCAAUUUUAUGGCUUCCAUGAAACAAAACGUCAGCUCUUAAAACAUUCCGGAACCAGUCAACUUCUGCUCUGGCCGCAGACAUAUAUUGCAGGAGCUAUGGCCGGAAUUGUCAAUACACCCAUUACUGCGCCAGUGGAACAAUUGCGUAUUUUGAGUCAAGCAAACACGAAAUCUCUUUCCUUAGUCGAAACUGUGAGAGGCAUUUAUAAAGCACAGGGAUUUAAGGGGAUUUACCGUGGUAGCGCAAUUACUCUCCUCCGUGAAAGUCAGGCCUACGGAGUCUGGUUCCUUACUUAUGAGACGCUUAUUGCAUACAUUCAACGCACAAGAGGAUACAAUCGGAGAGAGGAUAUCACCACCCCAGAACUUCUUUUAGCUGGAGCGUUGUCCGGAAACGCAUUAUGGCUUAGUAGUUAUCCAUUGGACGUCAUAAAGAGUAAUAUUCAAAGUGAUGGCUUUGGUGCUGAGUCUAAAUACAAGGGCCGUAUUUCCUUAGCGACUAAGGCUAUUUGGGCCAGUGGAGGCGCUCGAGGUUUUUGGAAGGGAAUCGUGCCAUGUUUGAUCAGAGCAUUUCCUUGCAGCGCUGGUACGUUUGCAGCUGUGGAGACCGCUUUGAGGGUGAUGGGUUAA